GGAAUUAAGUUAAAGUUACUGGGAGAAGGUUAAUUGCUGAACAACACAUGGUGGGGCAUAUCCUGCUUCUAAACGCAGGAGCAACUCUGACAGUGCUUGGGAGUUUAAACCUGUUUCCAGAAUCUUUGGGCUCAGAGGAAGAGAUAUCACGCGGUGGGGGAGGUGAAGGAAGCGACCCCACACACACUCUCACAUGCUGAAGACAGACAUUGCUCAAGUUUGCGAGUUUAUCCGGACUCUUCCUGAUGGAUCAUAGGAGAACGUGUAUGCCAAGGAAUCUCCCAGACCACAGCGGCUGAAAACAUACACAAGCGCACAUGUGUACCGUGAGGUGUCUGGUGUUACUAUGGAGGCGCUGAGGGAAUCUUUUCUCCAUUUAACCUUUCAGAUGUCAUCCUACAAGCGGGCUACCUCAGACGAAGAGGAGCUGAUAGACACCACCCCUGACAGAGUCUAUCGGUCUCCGACCGUCCAGGUGUUGGAUCAUCGACUGGGGUCCAGAUGUUGGACUGAGCGAAGUCAUGUGGAGAAGAAGCUCCUUGUCGUGGUGUGUGGCCUCUCGCUGGCAUUAUUCAUAUGCAUCCUGACACUGGGUCUGCAUUAUAACAGAACUCACCCAGGCCUGUGUCUAACCAAACCAUGUGUGAGUGUGGCAGCAGCUGUAAUGGGAGCAUUGGACCUCUCAGUGGACCCAUGUCAUGACUUUUAUAGCUAUGCCUGUGGUGGCUGGAUGAAGAAAAAUCCACUACCAGAAGGCAAAUCACGAUGGGAUACCUUCAGCAAUCUCUGGGAGCACAACAUGGCUGUCAUGAAACAUUUACUAGAGAGCACCGGCGAUGAGGGCCUGAGUAAGGCUCAGCAGAAGGCCCUGAAAUACUACAAAGCCUGCUUGAAUGAAGACAAGAUAGAGGAGCUGGGAGCACGGCCCUUACAGGAGCUCAUCAACCAGACAGGAGGCUGGUCUUUGAACGGCCAUUGGGACAAGAACAACUUCCAGGAGGUUUUGCGGACUGUGUCGGCCACUUACCGUACGUCACCUUUCUUCACUGCGUUUGUCAGCACAGACUCCAAGAACUCAAGCAGCAACAUCAUCCAGGUUGACCAGUCUGGACUGGGCCUGCCAUCCCGAGAGUAUUAUCUCAACAAGACUGCCAAUGAGAAGUAUCUGGAUGCAUAUCUGAACUUCCUGGUAGAGCUGGGAGUCUUGCUCGGCGGCUCAGAAGAGACGUCUCGCACUUUGAUGCAGGAGAUUGUAGAUUUUGAAACCACCCUGGCUAACAUCACGGUCCCUCAAGAGGAGAGAAGAGAUGAGGAGCUCAUCUACCAUAAGAUUCAGGCUAAGGAUUUAGCAGGACUUGCUCCUGCAGUUGACUGGAUGCCUUUUCUCAAAGCAAUGUUUGCUCCAGUUGCUCUUAAUGACUCAGAGCCUGUGGUGAUCUUUGCUACGGAGUACCUGCAGAAAGUGUCACAGCUCAUUAGUACAACCAACAAGAGCACGCUGAAUAACUACAUGAUUAUGAAAGUGGUGAGGAAGAUGGUGUCCAUAUUGGACCAGAAGUUCCAGGAUGCUGAACAGCGUUUUCUUGAAGUCAUGUAUGGUGCCAAGAAGAGCUGCACUCCUCGCUGGAAACUGUGCGUCAGCGACACAGACAGCGCGCUGGGCUUCGCCCUCGGGGCUCUCUUUGUCAAAACCACCUUCGCAGAGGACAGCAAGGACUUCGCUGAAAAUAUGGUCUCCGAAAUCAAAUGGGCCUUUGAGGACAGCUUGAAACACGUGAGCUGGAUGGAUAGAGAAACCAAAAAGGCAGCUAAAGAGAAGGCGGAUGCAAUAUACAAUAUGAUAGGCUACCCAAAGUUCAUCAUGGACCCCAAGGAGCUAGACAAAGUGUUCAAUGAAUUUGAAGUCGUGCCAGACUCGUACUUCCAGAAUGUUAUGCAAUACUACAACUUCUCCGGCCGGGUCAUGGCUGAUCAGCUGAGAAAAGCCUCUAACAGAGAUCAAUGGAGUAUGACCCCACCUACAGUGAAUGCUUAUUACAACCCCACCAAGAAUGAGAUGGUGUUUCCUGCUGGUAUCCUUCAGGCCCCCUUCUACAGUCAUGCCUGGCCAAAAGCCCUGAAUUUUGGUGGCAUUGGUGUUGUUAUGGGUCAUGAGCUGACUCAUGCAUUUGACGAUCAAGGAAGAGAAUAUGAUAAAGAUGGUAACUUGCGUUCCUGGUGGAAGAACACAUCAGUGGAGGCAUUUAAGCAGCAGACCCAAUGCUUGGUGGAGCAAUACAGCAACUACAGCAUUAACAAAGAACCCCUCAAUGGCAAACACACUCUUGGCGAGAACAUCGCAGACAACGGAGGCCUCAAAGCAGCUUACAAGGCCUACAUGAACUGGAUCCAGAAGAAUGGGGAUGAGGCCAUGCUGCCCGCACUGGGAAUGACCAAUCAUCAGCUGUUCUUUGUUAGUUUUGCCCAGGUGUGGUGCUCAGUGCGGACCCCUGAAAGCUCUCACGAGGGCCUGAUCACAGACCCCCACAGCCCCUCACGCUUCAGAGUCAUCGGCACCAUCUCCAACUCCCACGAGUUCUCCGAGCACUUCGGCUGUAAGGAGGAUUCACCGAUGAACCCCAAGCGCAAGUGUGAACUCUGGUGACCCCAGAUUCAUUGCAGGAACCUGUGCUUUGCUCUGACACGAAGCACGAAAAACUUUUUACUAUAGGGCUCUAUUUUAUUCUCGCCGGGACUUAAGAGAAUAAAUCUUUCACACUGGAAAGACCACUGGAUGUUAAACAUGGAAGAAAGAACUGGUUUUGUAAAUACGUGCGGAUUUAAUUGUUUUACAUGCUAUUUUUUAAAAGGGGAAAUCACUUCUGUUCUUGUUGUCUUACCAUGUUAUAUACAUAUUUUACAGUUUCUUCACUGAAUCAUGUCGUGUAUCAUACAACGUUAUUGAAUGUAGAUUAUGACCAUAAACUGGGGUGUCAAACAUCAAACAGUAUUUUAGAUAACAGACCAUAAAACACCUUCCAGUGUAAUUACAGCCCACAAACGUAAUUCAAAUCUGCAGUUUAAUCUGUACUAAUUACACACACUUAAUUAUUUUCCCAUAAAAAUAGUCACCGUUACCUUUUGGAUUUGUUACAUUUGUUACAUCGCUCACUCAUCGUCUAUACAGCUUUAUCCUGUAUACAGGAUCGCGGUGGGCCUGAAGCCUAUCCCAGGAGACUUAGGGCACGAGGCGCAAGGAAGACCAACACAGGGCAUUCACAUACACACACCACAGACAAUUUGGGAACACUGGUUAGCCUUAUCUAUAUGUCUUUGGACUGUGGGAGGAAACCGGAGUACCCGGAGGAAACUCAUCACGCACGGAGAGAACAUGCAAACCCCAUGCACACAGACUCCAAGGUGGAAAUCGAACCCGGACCCCUGAGGAGUAAUGCGAUAAUGCUAACCACUAAACCAUUGUGCCGCCUGUUGUGAGAUUAUUACAUUAAAAUGUAAAGAUUUCUAUUAAAUUUGUGGGCUGUUAUGACAUUUGCCGGUGUAGUCAACUGUCAAGUGGGCUGAAUCAAAAUCAAAUCGAACGGAUGAACAGCUUGGAGCUCAUUACCAAAGAUACUAGUUCAAAUUAUUUAAUUUUUUUCUGUGGCAGAUUUUAUUUUUUAUUUUUUACUUUACUGUACUUGCAUAAGCAUCCAAACUCUUUUAACAGUUCCACUUUUUUGGUAUUACUACCCGCUAAUAAAUAGGCUUUAACUGUAAUUACAUGUAAGCCUUUGAAGCUCUACUUUGCCCCCUUGUGGAAAACAGCAACUAGCUUUUCCGAAUAUUUCAGUUGAUUUAUGCUCCACAAGGCUUUUUAAAAUUAUUAUUAUAUCAUAUUUAAAACGCGUAUUUAGUGUUGGACUAGAUAAGAAUCUUUAUUAGGAUGAGCCCAGCCCUUCGGCCCAAUGUUUAACCCUCCGGGGUUGACUUUUUUCCCUGCACAAAAUUGCACACACUUAAUAUUUUUCUGACUUUUGAAAAUAUGGUUUUGAAAUUAUAUAAAAAAAAUUCUGUUCAUUAAGCGGCUGCAAUGACCUACAGUAUGACUUCACACCAGCGGUCACUGCUGUAAGGGGAACAUUGCUGAAAGCCACAGUCUUUGAAAACCUUAACAGUCUCACUCACUACAGGCAAUUUGGAAACACUACUAGACAUGCAUGUCUUUGACCUGUAGGGUAAUCUAGAUCAAAUUCAUCAAGCACAUGGAGAACAUGCAUACAGACACGUGGUGAGAUUCAAACCCCAAACUCUGGAGGUGCAGGUCAACAGUGCUAACCACCACAGUGCUAACCACCACAGUGCUAACCACCACUGUUACACUCCACUGUAAAUAAAAUGACUUUCAGUUAACCUAAAACAUUUAGAGAUUGUAAUAAUGACCUUUAAACCAACAUAGAGGAGUAAAGGAAAAAUAAAGUGGAAUCGUAUAUUCAACUGCUUCGAGCUAUUUAUAUAUUCAUUUAAAACAGGGCUUUGACUCCAGUCCCGGACAACCAGUGUCCAGUACAGUUUUAAUUCACUGACACCUGAACCCACCCGUUAAUGUGUUAAUUACCUGGUAAUUAACACAUUAGUUGAAUCAGUUGUGUGAAGAAUAACCAAACUGUGCUGUAUACUGGCCCUUCAGGACUGGAGUUGAAGAACGGUCACAUGAUGCCAGAUGGUGAUUUGUGAAAAUGUGCAUGACUGAACAUUUUCAGGAUUAGUGGUUCUGGUUUUUUUUUGUUUUUUUUUACUUAAUUCCUUUAAAAUGUUUUUAGAUUUCUAUUGCUCUUUAAAUUUUAUGUGACGUUGGGUUGAACUGUUUCCGUUUAGUUGCCUUAAUGGUUUGACCAUCUGGGUAUGAGUUUGUUCCCCAAAGUCAAAUAAAUUACCUUCUGGGGAAAUUCCCUCAUAUCUAAAACAAAAACAUUAAAUGGACAAUGAAUCAUAAAAUUAAUAUACAUUGUGUAUGGUUUAAAAAAAAAUAGAUAGUUGGCUCAAAAACAUUGCAUGAAUUCAAACAUGGCCUUUCGAUAAACGUGUUACAUCAUACCUAUCCCCAGAGUGCCUCUUCCCUAAUUACUACCUGGUGUCAGGAUCCGGUCACCCAGUAGCAGUUACUAAAUUAUUUAAAAGCAUAUCUACAUAUGUGCAUAAAAUGUUAGCUCAGUGACUUGAUCAGUGCGGUCCACAUAUAUUUACAAGUUCACAAGGACUACAGAAUGAAAACUAUUUUUUUAAUUGAUUUUUAAAGUGCUGCUUCACCAUUCUGCUUUUAUAUACCGUGAUAUUUUUUGGGAACUUGAUGUGUAUAUUGUGCCGUACAUAACAUUUUUGUUUGUUUAUUUGUUUGUAUGUGAUUUAUGUACAGUAUUGCCUGCUGUUGGAAAUGGUGUUUGAUGAAUAAAUGAAUUAAUGAAUGAAAGAAUGAAUGCGGAUUUGUGUUAGACAUGAUGGGAAAUAUUUGCUGCUCUUCAAAUGUGACAUGCAAAAAAAUCGUGAUCCAAUAAAGUUACAGUAUAUUCA